AUGGAACGUGAUGAGGCUUUGAAACUUAUCAAUCAUCACUAUCGUUUAUUAACACAAAUAAAACCAAAAAUUGAUACAUCACCUCCUGUAUCAUUUUAUGCAAGUCCAAAAAGUAUUCAUUAUGUUCCAUUUUCUUUAAGAAAGUCUAUGAGUUUGGGUGAGUUAAGGAGAAACAAUAAAUCAACGACUGGAAAAAAAUUAAUUGUAAAUAAUAAAAGUGGAAAAGAUGCAUUAGAAAAUUUUGUAUUAACUAAUAAUAUUCCUAAGACAACCAUUGAAUAUCAAUUAAAUUCAUUUAAUAUUAAUGCUAGAAGAAGUUUUCUUGAAAAAGAAGCUCAAAUAUUAUCUAAUAGAAAUAAAUUUAUUAAAAAUUUAGAUUUAAAAAUUAAUAAUGAUAAUUAUUAUUAUAAAAAUAAAUUACCUAUUCCAAUUAAUGGAAUAGUUGAUAAUUCAAGUUACCAUAAUAAAGAUAUACAACCUGAAAAAGGAAUGACAAGAAAAAAUCAGGUAGAUAAAAUCAAAUUAGGAAGAAAUCAAUAUCUAAAAUUUAAAGAUGAUUGUCUAGAAUCUAUUUUAGAAAAAAAUGUUUUUUCAGACAGAAUGAUAAAAGAAUCUAUUUAUCAAGAGAUGGAUAAAAACAUUGGAAAAAUUUCAAUGAAUGAUAUGGAAAGUGUUUUUUUAGAAUUAUGUGAAGAACUUGGAGUACCAACUAAUGGAAAAAUGGAUAUGAAUAUUCAAGAGAAAAGUUAUUCUUUAAAAAAAAGUUCAUCCUCAUUUAGUAGUCUAUCAUCUACUUCAAGAAGUAUUUCCUCAAAAAAAUCUUCAUCAAAAGAAAAAAAACAACAUUCAUUAGACAAAGAAGGUACAAAUGAGACAGUAGAGAGUAGUUCAAUAUCAUCUAUUAAAAGUAAUUCUAAUUAUUCAUCCAUUUCAUCUACUACGAAUGGUAUUAAAAGUGGCACAAAAACAUCAUCAACUUCCUCAAAUUUAUCAAGUCUUUCAAGUUCCUCUUCAACAAACAGCUCUUCCUCAUCUAGAAGUUCUUCAUCUUUCAAUUAA